AUGGUAGAGAGCACUUAUGCGAGCGACUCGCCGAGAUCACGCUCGCCCAUGACGGAGCCGUCGAGCCCGCUCCACUCGGAUGGUCCCGGUGUAUCCGGCUACGGGCACAGCUAUCUGUACAGCUACUCGCCGGACGCGCAGAACCACAUAUCGGUGGUGACGAGGCGCAACAAUCAGAACGAGAUGGGCGCCGAUGCCGCGCACGAGCGCACGUUCGCCAGGAGUCCGAUCGGCACGGAGGAGACGAUGCCGACGCGGCAUCACCGUCAUCACGGCGCUCGCGAGCCGGUCGUUCCCUCGCGAUCCGCGACCGGCACCUCCGCCUCCGCCAUGUCGUCCCCCACCUCGCUCUUCACCAUCGACAGCAUCCUGGCGCCGAGGCCGAUCGGCAACGUCGUCGCACCCACGAGCACCACCACCGUCGCCGCAUCCGUGAUCCAGACGCCGGAGACGAUCGAUUCGGUCGCCGGCCGCACCACCGCGACGAUGCAUCCGUUGCAACAGCAGCUGCAUCACUUGGCGUUCACCUCGGCGGAUUUUCUCGCCGCGGCAUAUCCGGGACUGUAUCCCGGAGGAUACGUGGCGGCGAUGGCCGCCGCCGGCGUUUCCCUUCACGGACAGCCAGCCUUUUAUCACGCCGGUCAUCCCUACCAGAUAAAUCCCAACAAUCCGGGAAUGGGUCCAAUGGCGAAAAGAAAACGUCGCCAUCGAACGAUCUUCACGGAGGAGCAAUUGGAACAAUUGGAGGCCACCUUCGACAAGACUCAUUAUCCCGAUGUGCUCCUGCGAGAACAGCUAGCUCUCCAGGUCGACCUCAAGGAAGAAAGGAUCGAGGUAUGGUUUAAAAAUCGUCGCGCCAAGUGGCGGAAGCAGAAGCGGGAGGAGCAGGACCGUAUCCGGAAGCUGCAGCUGGAGCAACGUCAGCGUACCGACGACGGCGGCACCGCGGCAACGGUGAUGGUGGGCGAUCGUCUGGGCCUGAGUAGACAGCAGCAGCAGCAGCAGCAGCAGCAGCAGCAUCAGCAGAAGCUCGAGCAGGACACGGACAGCUCCGACCUCGAGGUAGCGUAGUGCGGCCGUGGUGACGACGAGACACGACGAGUGUCUCGCCCAUCGGUAAAUCGAGGAGA